UAACUUAUUCUCGAGUAAAUAAGUGUAGUUUUCCAGUCAUCAAUAUUACAGCUGUCUCAUGUAAGUCUGUCAGUUUGUUUCCACUCGCCCCUUUUUCUGUGACCUGCAAGCAGCUUGUCCCACAAUGACACGAGUUGGUAACGAACGAAUCACGCCCACACCCCUCUAGGAUAGAUCUCACCGGUUGAUCAAUUUCCCUCGACAUCGGUAACCUGCUUGUCUCAGGUAAGAUGGCGACCUCCCAGAAGUUAACAGAACACUUCCUGACAUGCACGAUAUGUACAGAGGUGUUUGACAAGCCCUGUACACUUGUAUGUAAUCACACCUUCUGUCGGAAAUGUGUGGUCAGCUACACCAAAACCAGACCAGAAGCCAUCAGUGCCAAGUCUCUCCUGUGUCCAUUCUGCAGCAAGAUGACGAAAGUGUCUGCCCCUGAGAGACCAGUGGAGGAGUGGGCAGAUGACGUCAAGCCCAGCUUUGUCAUCCAGGGACUCUUGGACUCGUUUGGCCCCGGAUCUAAAGAUACGACUCACUGCAGUUAUUGCAAGGAGGAAGGGGAGACAACUCCGGCUACAUCUUGGUGCUCAAUUUGUGACGACGCACUCUGUGAACGAUGUAUACGAGUACACAGACGAAUUCCAUCUUUCCGUCACCAUGACGUAGUUGAUAUGUCUGGAGAGACAAAGGUUAGGGUCAAGAGAAAGGUCAUGUGUAAAAUUCACAAAGAUGAAAGCAUCAAAUACAUUUGUAAAGAUUGUAAAACAGCUGUUUGUCAAAAAUGCUGCACUAUCCAUCACAGGAAAUGUGACUUGGUUGUUGAAAUUGAGUCGGAGAUUCCUGCAAUGAAAACCGAGCUGAGAAGGAAUAAAGCGGAUUUGUUGAAGAAACAGGACGAGAUGAAAACACAUGUUAAAAAACAAACCUCAAAAGUCAAUGAAGAAUUUACACUUUACUUACAAAUAGAAUCGAAUAUCAAGUCUGCAGGUCUCAAAGCAAUAGAGAUGAUCAAAGUGAAGGAACGGAACCUUCUGGCUGAACUGAAAGCAAUGUCUGACAGACACAUUGGAGAACUGAAGGCAGACAUAAAGUCAGUUGAGAUGUCAGUACAGAUGUACCAACAACAGGCAGAGCUGAUAGACCAGACUCUACAAUCUGAGUGUGACAUGGGUGUGUAUGAGAUGUACCAGGGAUGUGAGGCCGUUGAUGUGGAGGCUGUCGGAGUCGCAGACGUGAAGGAGAAGAGAAGAAUAGCCAGGAUCAUGUUCAGACAGGACACGGACAAGCUGAAUAGAGCACUGGACGAUCUACAGCUGGGUGAGAUAGACGUCCUGUAUGAGGAUGUGCUGGACCUGAAGGUUACUCCUGUGUUACAGGACACCAUUAACCUGCUGGACCUGAAGGCUACUCCUGUGUUACCGGACACCAUUAACGUCGGAGUAGCAGGAGAUACAUAUGGAGCAAACCUCAUGGACGUGAAGGUGUUAGUGGUGAAUGGUACAGACACAGUGGUAAUCACAGACAUCAUCAACAACAGUGUGAAGUCCUUCUACACCAGGAACAAGCAGCCAGGUCACAGCAGGCUCAGUCUGGGUGGUAGUCCGUAUGGUAUAACAAAGUUGAAGGACAACCAGGUGGCUGUCACUGUGCCGGAUACCAGAGAGAUUGUAACAGUACAAGUCAACCCUGACCUGGUGCUGCUGUCAGCCAUCACAACCAGCAAACAGUACCGGGGUAUAACGUCUCUGACACCAUCAACACUAGCAGCAAGUUCCAUCUCCCCUCCCUGUGUUGAUAUCCUGAAUAUGGCGGGACACGUGCUGAAGUCGAUUCGUCCAGACCACCCUAGAAGAAACAUCUUGAAGAAUCCCAACUUCCUCUGUACCACGAGGACAGGAAACAUCCUGGUGUGUGACCGGGGAUCCAAGUGUGUCGUGUGUCUGACUCCCGAGGGAGAUGAGGUGUUCACCUACAGCCCUACAGGAGACACAGCAAUGGGGUGGCCACACGGUAUCACAAGUACCAGCACAGGCGACAUCCUGGUGACAGACAACCAUCUACACAGAGUCCUCCAUCUGACUGAGUCAGGACAAUUUGUUAGAAACAUACUGACAUCACAGGAUGCCGUCCAGAGUCCACGUGGAGUGUGUGUUGGUGGGCGUGGCCGCAUGUACGUGUGUACAGCAUAUGGCGUGCAGACUUAUAGACAUUCUUCCGACCACAUAGAUCCGGGCGACAGUUGCACUGCUGUGUCACUGUGACCUGCAAAGGAGGCCCGCGAGAGUCUGGCGUUUCUGAGUUCUACGUUCGAGAGGCUGAUCAUGUGACAUGCGGUACGGAAAUCGCCGAAACAGUCAAAGUGAAAAGCCCGUAUUAAGCAGCCGUUGUGACCAACCGAUAACCAAUUUAGUCACCUUGUAUAACAUGUGUAGGAAUCAAGGGCCGAUGUCAGCUAAGUACAAUGUCAGCCGCAGUGUUCAACAGAAUCGCGUGAAACUACUAUUGUACAUAUAUAAAUUAACCCGUUUCUCUCUCGUUUCUGUGGUGAGGACUUCUUACAUUCACUUGGUAACUGAGAGGUCGGAGGGAGAUAAAUCGUGAUUGGAUGUUUUUCAAGGCGCAAUAAAAUAUAGUGAACGAAUAUGAGUGAGUGAGUGAGUAUUGUUUUACCUGCUUUUA